UCCGUGCUCCCGGCUGGCGCGCACGCGCAAUGGGGAGCUCCAUCUUUCUAUCCCAACAAGCCGAGAGAAGAGCCAGGAGCAGUUGAUGGGGAAGAUUUUUAUUUUCAUUUUAAAGGGGCAGAACUUCAUUUUAACCCGCCCGAAGACGCCGUUUCGCCAAGCUCGGCUCUUCGGGACCGCGAAGAGGGACGCCAGAGAUGGAAGGGACUCCUGUUGGUUUAUAAAAUCUGGAAGAAGAAUCCAGAAAGCCCCUGUUUCUGUGCGCCCUGCUGCCUCUUAGCAACGCGGCCCCCUGCGCUCCGCUGCCCGGGCUCCUGCCUCGGCCCUGGCCGGAGAGGCUUCUCCGCUGCCCGUGUUCCUGCCUCGGCCCCGGCUGGAGAGGCACCUCCGCUACAAACUUCGUUGCUUUACGGACCGCUGGGGCGUGAUUUGACCCCCUCUUUGCUAUGAAGACGUGAGAAAGGUAGGAGACAGUGACGAAGCCACGUCACUCCAUGCUCGGGAGAUAAACCUGCAAGGCAAAUGGCCAUGUGGGCUGAGCCGGCCUGGACUCGCUUCGUCAGAAAUGACAGCUCGUAAAGUGCAUCCCCAGCAACUCCGUGGUCUCCUGUGACAGACCCUAUAGUCCACCACCACCACCACCACCCCCCCACCUCGCUUCAGCCCCCUGUCAUGCGUCUGUGAUGAUGGACACUCACUGAGAUCCUCUAUGUAGGCCUUCGCCCAGCCCCCCCGGCCCCCCCACCGACAGACCGAGUAGCAGGAGCACCAUGAGGGGCCGGGCCAUGCGGCAUUGAGCGCGACACCGUCCCACCAAGACCACGAUGUCAUGUGGUGUGCGGACGCCUACACAUGUGUGAUAUCUCGCGAGGUGUCCUGAACUGGGCGACGACGUGCAGAACCUGAACCAUGAAUGGAGGAAGGGAGUGUGAGGGCCGGGAGAGGGAGGGCCCAACACCCACUGCCCACGUGCCCAUUGGCUGGAGGCGGGAGGCGGAUCCCAGCCGAGUGGUCUAUAUAAGUCCCAGUGGCUCUGUGCUGACCUGCCUGGAGCAGGUGAAGACGUACCUGCUGACCGAUGGCACCUGCAAGUGUGGCCUGGAGUGUCCCCUCGUCCUGCCCAAGGUAUUCAACUUUGAUCCCGGGGCUGCCGUCAAGCAGAGGACAGCAGAGGACGCCAAGGCCGACGGGGACGUCACCAAGCUGUGCAUCCACAAGAGGAAGAUCAUCGCUGUGGCGGCCCUACGAACAAGUGCGACUCCAAAUCUCUCCACUCACUCAGCGAAUCCUCAUGCAGUAAGACAUAAAUCACAGGAGGGGGCGUUGACCUCCGUGGCUCUCAACUCCAAGAACCCCUUCAAGGUCCUGAUGGCAGCCCAGCAGACGGAGCUGAGCACGGGCCACCCCAGGCCACGGCCUGGGGGCGGAGAGCACGGCCAGCGCUCCCCGUACCGCGCAGGUCACAGUGGCCUGCUGAGCCCCGCCUCCUGCGGCGUGCUGGCCUAUGGCGACGGGCCGCACUCCCCACGCGCCGACGGCCUGGGCAGCCCCGAUGCGUUCACCCGGCCAGGCCUUCGCGGCAGCCCCGGCUUGCUUCACGCCCACGGCAGGACGCCACUGUCCCCGCCCACUGCCGCCCUGCGGCACAGCUCGCCUGUCCCCCAGCCAUCCUGCGCUUUGGCAGGAAGGACUAGUGUGUCCCUGUCCCCCACUGUGGCAGCCAAGAGCCCCGUCAUGAAGAAGUCCCCCUGCGUGGAGGCGCCGCGCUCUCUCUACAACCACAAGUCCCACCCCCCAGCCCAGUCACCCCUGCCGCCGCCCUGCGUCCUCCAGAAGAAGCCAGUGUCCUCGGAAAAGGACCCCCUGGGCAUCCUGGACCCCAUCCCCAACAAGCCGCUGGCUGUGAUCGUGCCCGGCUUCCCGGCCAGCCUGCACUCUCAGGUACCAGCCAUGAAUGUAAACAUGCCCCCAGCCAUCGUCCCGCUGCCAAGCAACCUGCCCCUGCCUACAGUGAAGCCCGGACCCAUGGGCCAUGGUGGCCACCCACAGCGGCUCCAGCAGGCGGUGCCCACCGCGUCCGUGCCGCCCUCGCCAGUGACCUCACCCGUGCACAUGGCGGGGCCCGGCGCCAGCCGGCUCGAGGCCUCUCCGCAGAGGUCGCGCUCCUCCUCCACCUCCUCAGACCACGCGGGCUUCUUUGCCCCCUCGGGCCCCCAGCCGAAGGCGCCCCCCCGGUCACCCCGGUCCUCAGUGGGCUCGCCACGGCCCUGUGUGCCCUCCAGCCCAUCCUCCAAGCCUGACCAGCUGCUGGCGGCCAUGAACAGUGUCGUGGGCGGCCAGGCUGGCUCCAUGUUCCCACCGGCCUCCGUGGGCAGCGGGCCGCAGAAAGGCCACCCAGGGCUGCUGGGGAUGCCACUGAACCAGAUCCUCAGCCAGCAGAACGCCACCUCCUUCCCAGCCAGCAGCCUGCUGUCGGCAGCCGCCAAAGCACAGCUGGCCAAUCAGAACAAGCUGGGCAGUGAUGGGGGCGGGGCCGGAGGCGGGGCUGGGGACGCUCACAGCACUUUAACUCCCAUGCUGCCCGCUGGUGAGGGCCAAAGCGGCCGCGCGGCUCUGAGGGACAAGCUGAUGGCACAGCAGCGGGAAGCCCUCCACAAGCGGCGACCCCCCAGCGAUGCCGUCCUGGGCAUGCUCAAGUCCCACAUGGGCGUGGCCAGGCCCCCUGCCCCCCAGAAGCCUCUGAGGAAAGCCCUGCCUCCGCCAACCUCCAUGGCCCAGCUGUUGCAGACCAUGAGCUGCCAGAACUCACAAGUCCUGCCUUCCAGGAGCAGUGGGCCCGGCAGGCUCGGUCCCAGCCAGCAGAGCGCGGUCACACCUCAGCAGCUGCACGUCAGCGGCAGCGUUCCAUACCGCUUUUGCGGGGACACCAGGCUGGCCCAGGGCAGGGGGCACAGUCUGCAUGGACCCUUCACAGGGGCAGCCGGCCAGACGAUGGGCUUCGGGCUGCAGGGAGCAGGUGGGCGCCUGGGGAAUGUGACACUGGGCCACCAGAACCCACACACUCACCCCCAUCAGGCCCAAGGCUACGGACAUAGCCGGACGUCAGCUGGGCCGCCCACUGCAGCGCCCAACGGCGAGAGCUGCACGCAGCUGGAGCAAGGGGACACCUCCCCCCUGAGCUGUGCCCUGGGUAGCCCGCAGCUGGGCCACCUCCAGUCCCUGGUCGGCCACGGCCACACGGCCCCACAGCAGAGCCGGCUGCCACUCGUUGCAGGCCCUGGGGGCCCUGGCUUCCAGAGCACGCACCCCUUCACGGACAACGGCUUCCCCAAGCCCCCUCCCGCUAACCCCAUGGCUUGCCUCUUCCAGAACUUCCAGGUGAGCUUGCCGGGGGGCAUAGCAGUUCCCAGCAAGCAUGCCGGCUCCCAGUCGGGAACGUCAUCGCUCCCUGAGGCAGCGGGGGCCACAGCGCUCCAGCAAAUGCCGGAUGGCGUUGGCGAGCCCCGGCCCCCGCACCUGCCCCCCCCCACUGGCCCACAUGGUGCGGAGGGUCUCCCAGGGGGACGCGUAGACUCUGUGGACGCCAUCUACAGAGCGGUGGUGGAUGCGGCCAGUAAAGGCGUGCAUGUGAAGAUCACGGCCGCUGUGGGUGGGGCCACUCAGGGCAGCCCCGUCUCCGCCCUGAGCGCCAUGAGUGCCUUCGCUGGGGAGCCCAUCAGCUUGGCACAUGCCGUCAGUGCCGUCGCCCGUGGCCAACGUCCGCUCUGCCAGGAGGCGGAGCCCCAGCACCAGGCCCGCCCACACAGGAACACGGGGCAAGGCCUUGGUACCCCUGACCCUGCCCGCUUCCGCUCUCCUGGCCACGGCACCCCUCGGAGGCAGUGGGAGGUGGAGGCAUCGGCCGACAGCGGCGGCACUCAGUGGUGGGGGGAUGAGUUUCUGGAGUGCUCAACGCACAUGCGGAGCAGCCCCUGCUCGGGCCAGCCCCCUGGCCCCGUGGAGCGCCCCCGCUUUCUGGAGGAGAGCCUCCACUUCAGCAGCUGCCAGCGGGCGAUAGAGCGCUGCACCCACGUGAACGGCGGCCCCCCGCCCCCUGUUCGCAGCUAUGCCGAAGCACUGCCCCCCCCCAGGCAGGAGCUGCCCUCUGAUGACCAGUCGCCCAGCUCCUCUACCAGUCUGGAGGGCCCCCUAGUGAGGGACUACAGUCACUACAACGGACACUACAAUGGCUGCGCGCCCAGCCCCACAGACACCAAGAGCUUGAGCAGUGAGGAGGAGCUGCGGCAGCCCGACUCCCCUGGGGAGCUUCUGCACUACCGGCCGCCUCGCACACUCCACAUGGGUGACCUCAUGUGGGGGCAGAUCAAGGGCUUCCCGCCCUGGACCGGCAAGCUGGCGGCCGUGGACCCUGGCCUCCACCCUGGCAUGCACAGCAACCAGCAGGCCAGGGUGGAGCCAGAGAAGCUAAAGACACUAACGGAGGAGCUGGAGGUGCUUGACAGAGCCUCCAAGCUGAACCGAAAAGGUGGGAAACUGAAUAACCAUCUACAAGCUGCUAUCCACGAGGCCAUGAGUGAACUGGACAAGAUGUCGAGCAGUGUUCACCAAAUCCCACCAAGGGACAGACAGGUCAAGCCCCCCAAGCCCAAGAGGAGGAAAAUCUCCAGAUAACAUUGAAUGUGUCGGCCCCGCUCCAGCACCAGUCAGCUGUGCAACUGUGUACCAGUCAAGUCUUAACCAUUUAGGUGCCUCCCUCCCUCUCUCCCACCCCCACCCUGGAGCUACAGUCCAGCAGUGGUACAGUAUUCAACCCAACCCCCCUCCCCCACAGGCACAGUCUGAUAGUGAGAGGCCACUGGACAAACCUUACAGAAACUGUAUAAACUAUAGUUGCAAUUUGUCAACAGCUUGCUGAAGAACUAUUUUUUUUCUCUAAUAUACUAAAAAAAAAAUUAAUCAUGAAAUGAGAAAAUAGACAGUCCAAAUAUUUCUGGUACAUUUUCAGUAUGUAUAUAACCAAUGAAGAAAUUUCAUGGUAAUAUUCUGGAAAAAAGUAAUGUAAAUAUUGUAUAAUAUGGUCAUGUACAAGCAAACCUAAUGCACACUUUUAACUUUUAUUGUACAAAACAAAGGUGAAGAAAGUGUACAGAAUCUUUUGGUUUUUAUUCAGUACACAGUCAGUAUGACGAACGGGGUAAAUAAAAUGAGAGCGUACAGCUUUUAUACAUGACGACUGGCGUGUAUCGAGCGGCGGACGGCCUGGUCAUGUGACACCUGGAUCGCCGUGUGUGUGAGGAUCAGGUUUUAUGGGCUGGAAGUGCUUCCGGGCCUCAAAGCGCAACCCCCAGCCCCCACGAGAGUGACAGACAGCAAGCGAGUGAGCCCCCUCCUCAUCGGGGCCAGCCAGGAAACACGAUCCCGUCACGUGACCCGGGGAGCAGAGCCGUGCAUGAGGAAAGACCCUGACACGCUCACACGUGUCGGCAUACUGAAUACCUGUUUGUACUGCAAAAGUAAAUCACUUAUUUUUCUUGAAUAUUUUUGAUAUUACAAAUACCAAGUAGAAUUUAAAUGUUAGAUGCAUUCACUUUUAAAAUAAUAGCACAUGCGGUUUAAAUCUUUGUAGUCCCAUCCUAUUACUUGCUGAAAAACAGUACAUGCAUUUUUUAUUUAUUUUUUUGUUUUGCAAAUAUUACUUGUGUGGCUCAUAUAGAUCGAAGGAAAUUGUGUCAAGUCAUGGAAAUUAGCCGUUGAACCCCUGAUGGGAGUUUCCCUUUUAAGAUGAGUUUCUGCCUGGAUUCCGGUUUGUGGUUGACACGGCAUUAAUUAAAGCAGCCAAUGAAUACACUGGGAUUCAACAUGCAGCUCGGUCUCCGUUUACCGUUGGACAGGCUCAUUGGUGUUAGCCGAGUGAGCAGAUGCUGCGCGCGACCUACGCCUCGCGUACGUGUGGGGACCCCUCAGCCAAGGUGUUACUGUCACUCCUUCACAUUGUUUUAAAUAGGGGCCUUAAUCAUUUCUGUUGUUUUUAAGUUUACUUUUUACUGUUGCUGUUCUUGUUGUAAAUUAUUAAUGUAUUACAUAUUUAUUUGUAGCUUUAUAAUUGUAAUAGUUGGCAAUAAUACUAAUAUGAGUUGUAAACUCUGACAAGCCUUAGAGUAUAUAUUUUUUUAUUCUCUCAUACAAGAGAAACAGCUUAUUACUCGCUUAGCUGUUAAAUGGUAUACAUGUGUAUUUUUUUAUAUUUAAUACGUGCGUGGUUUUAUGGAGACAUCCAGUACUUAUUAUUUUUAAGCACUGUAUCUUUUCUCGUUAAUGCCAUCCUGCCCUGCUGUCGCUUCCCCUGGCUCUGACCCAAACGUGGCGUCAAGAGUCCCUCUGUCACCUGAAGAUGGUGUUCAUUCGGGCUCUGACCUCAGACAGCAGGUGGCGCCGGUGGGUGUGACACCAGGCCACAUUGAUUUGAUAUGGCUUUUACUCGUAGCCUUUGCGUGAGCUUUGUAUGCCUGUUGCAAUAAUGAAAAAGAAUUAGGAUUUGGGAGUUUCCAAUAGCGGAAACUUUUUAAAAGGAUUUAAAUGCUUCCAUAGCAUAACACUACAGUUUGGUAGAUCGACGUCACUUCAUAUACAUAUGGAUCAGGGCACUGCCAAACAUGACAUUGACAGGGAGAGACCCAAACAAACCUACAAUGUGGCCGACGCAGCGGCAAGGCCCUCAGAGCCCGUAAGCGCUCCACGUGGGGGCCGUAUCAGAAGCACGACUAGGUAAUCAGAAGAAUACCGCGUGCCAAAUUGGGGCCCGGUUCUCAGCACAGGGGGGACUGUGAGAAAAGGGGCGGGGCUGGAGUAUCUCUCUGUGGGCCAAUGGUAGGUGAGCAGGGCUGUGGGGGGCGGGACAGGGGUGACACAAGACAGUGCUGUGCAAACAGGGCCGUACAUUUCUACCCUGUGAUCGACUACACUGAUCUCUGAUUUAAUGAAGUGUUAAUGAAGGCGGUGCGAGAGAGACGGGCUCCAAAGAGACUAGGAGCGACUCCCACUUUUCAUUUCACAGGUAGUUUCUUAAAAGGCAUAUACUGUGAACGUACAAACUAUAUGGUUUAACCCUCAGCUUAUCCAGUGCAGACACUCAUUUGGUUUAAGUCUUCCCCCUAAAAGUGUCACAGGGAAGUGCAAUAGGGUAUUAUCUGCAAACACUAGCAAAACUAUUUUUUGCUAUCUUUUUUACGGCAUACUUGUAGAUGAUAAUGUAAUUACUGUCAAUAAUGUAAUUACUGUCAAUAAUGUAAUUACUGUCAAUAAUGUAAUUUAUUUAAUACAUUAAUGGUAGUUAUUGCAUAAUUGGCUGCUAUACCAGCAAGUAAUAUAAUAACUUUUUGUGCAUAAUGUUAUAAAAUUUUUGUUUCAGAAAUGUUAUUACAUUGUUGGUAAGUUACACAAUUAGCUUUUAUUACAUUAAGAAUUUUGUUAUGGAAACUAUUAGAAUAUUGGCAGUUAUUACAUUAUUGGAUGCUGCAAUCCUUAUGCAGUUUUAAUGUGAUGGUUUUGGAAACCUCAGCUAGCUAUGCUCCGGUCAUUGCGGUGCUUUUACUGUAGCAAUCCCAGAAUGCACCAGGGGAGCUCACGACAAGCCCACAUAACCGUAACUAGGAAGAAGGUGCUUCAGACCUGUUGGUGCAUUCGACACAGAGAGCAGCAGCAAUGGUCCCAUGUCAUUUUCUCAGCGUCCAGCAUGACAUCAAUUCAGAUUGCCACCGUCGUUUUGUUUGAAGUGUCCUCCACAUUGCCAUUGUGCUUUUCAGUCUCCCUGUGUUUACUCAUGGUUGCCAUUGCUUUGACCUUGACAUGACCAGCCCCUCCCUUCUGUGACACCCCACCCCCUGGCCUCCAGCGUGUCCCUGUGUGUUCUCACCAAUGUCUACUUUACAACACUAGUCUUUGUAAAGUACUUUUGUGCACUUGAUUUCAGUGGUUAGAAAUAGCAUUGAUGUGUAAGCUAGGGUCUUUCCUUAGAUUUUAAGUGAGAGGCAGUUUCAUGUAAAUAUCGUGAGUGUUACGAGUCACGCAGUGAUGUAACAUUUAAACAACAUUGCACCAACUUUUUUUUUGUUUGUUUUUGUUUACACGUCCCAAAUAUACACAUAUCUGUCUGGAUUUGACAGGAUUCGUUUCAGUUUUGAAAGCAGUGUUUGAACAUAGAGCUGAUCAGACUUGGUUACUUUGUUUGAAGUCUUUCUGUGGUGUGUAACAUUUCCAAAGGGAUUUGAAAAACAAACUAUAUAUUGCAUUCAGUUGCAAUAAAAUGAUACUGUAUUGAA